GAAGAUACUGUAGCUCUGGAUUAUUAUCAAGAAGAUGUCUGACUAUCUCACAAUAGCAGAUCUAAAGAAAUUGUACCUCGUCACGUUUAAUGCUCGAAUUAAGUGGCGAAACAUCUUGCUUAUUCUUGACGUACCCUCGGAUACCAUCGACAGUAUUGGUACGAAAUGGCGAGACAAUCCUGAUGAAUGCUAUCGUGAGGGUUUGAAAGAAUGGCUGAAAGGUGAAGAGAGACGCUGGGAAGAUGUUGUCAAAGCUUUGUCCAGUCCCAUUGUGGGCCACGUUGACAUAGCUAAUACCAUCGAGAAAGAUCAUCUACAGUCUACUGAUGCAAGCAAUCCUACUGAUGUGAAGUCAGAGGUUGACCAAAACCGCCAGAAGAUCAACGAUGAUUUAACUGUUUUCUUAGACGAACCUCUCGGUAAAGGUGCAUUUGGAGCAGUCUUCAAAGGCAGCUACAGGGGCGAGAUUUGUGCAGUCAAACUUCUGAUUUACGAGGCUGUAGAAAUGCAGACAGGUUUCCCAGCCGGUAAAAGUGAAGAAUCUAGCAAAGCAUUUGAUCGUGAGUGUGAGUAUCUCCAGUCACUCCAGCACCCAAACGUUGUUCUGUAUUUGUCGACUACUAAGCAUCCCAAAUCAGGUGGUACAAUCCUCGUUGUUGAGCUGAUGGAUUGCAAUCUGAGAUCCUAUUUCUCCGGCCUUGGUGAAGAGUCUAUCACUAGCGAAUGUGAAAUUAGCCUGUCCAAAGACAUGGCUUGUGGUCUGGCCUACAUUCACAGCAAGAAGAUUAUCCACCGUGACCUCUGUGGCGAUAACGUUUUGCUGAAGCUUACACGACCAGUGCCUGUCGCAAAGAUAUCCGACUUUGGCAUGUCACGGCUAUACGAUCCCUCCAAGCUUAGCCACACCCUCACGGCCGUUGGUCACCGUAUGGGGUAUCUACCUCUCGAGGCUAUUCGAUUGGACAAGGAUAAUUACGAUAAUAGCUUGGAUGUGUUCUCUCUUGGGGCGAUUAUGGUACAGAUUGUUUGCAAGCUGAAGACGAUCAAAUCUGUGGAAGAUCGAUCAUUCCAUGUUGCCCAGAUACCUCACAAACACAGGUUGAGGAAGCUUAUCGACAGUUGUUUGCAAGAAGACAUGAGGAGGAGACCAUCUGCCAGGGACAUCUGUGAGUCAAUGAUAAGUAUAUUAUGUGUUUUACGUUUCAGCUAACUGUAACCCUAACGAAAAAAUCAUAUCCGUCUAUUAAUGUUGGUAUCGAUUUUAGAUACUUACCUAACAACAAGCUCGGACCCAGUGGAGGCAACAAAGAAGGAGUCAAAGGACACUGAACAAGUCAAGAAGGCACACAGGGAACAGAAUAAGCACAAAGAUGCUGAGCUGGUCAGGAGAGACGCCAUCAUUCAACAGCAGAGAAAGGUGAGACAAAACGCACCAUUAUAUCAUUGCAGAGCUAUAGUAGAAGCUUUGAUCUCUUAUAAUCGUACUGUACAUUCUAUUAGACUGGUGGGCGUGGCCUCUUAAGCU